AUGGAGGGUACGGGCCGCUUCUCGCCCCUGCCGAUGCCCUACCUGGAGGUCUACGACCACGAGCCGCUGGGCGGGGAGCCGGCGCCGCUGCUGCUCAAGGGCGAGGCCCCCAUGCCAAGCAAGGACGCUGCCUCCCGGCUGGGCGCGCAGCAGGCACACCAUUCCCCGACGCCGCAGCCGCAGCGGCGCCUCUUCUGCAGUUCACCGCGGGAGAGCCGAAGUCUGACCGACGUGAGCCGGACACCCAGGGACCGCGCCCGGAGGCAGCUGCCCCGCAGCCGCCGCCCAGACGACGACCGCGAGGCCGCCGCCAGGUCCCUGCCGCUCGGAAGGGGCGGUUACAACUUGGCCUGGCAGCAGCCCCCGCAGCAGCAGAGGCAGCCCCUCUCGGGAAAGAAGGACACUCCCGCGCCCACCCCCCGCGGAGAUUACACCACCCCGCGCGGGACCCUGAAUCUGGAGCGGGAGCCCAGUGGAGAUCAGUGGGCUACGACUGUGCACAGGGGCAUGGGUCAUUGGGUCCCUUCGUCCACCUCCUUAGACAAGUCAGCCUUGCCCUCGAAAGAGCUCAGGGUCCGAGCCUCCUCCCAGGAACCGCGUGCCGAGGUCAAGAGCCAGCUGGCGGAACACGGCAGCCAGUACUGCCAGACCCUGGAGGCCACCAAGGAGCCUGAGUUGGAGUCCUUCCAAAACCUGAAGGACGCGCACUCUGAGUCCAUGAUCCCCGCCAGGGAUAAGAAGAUCGUCAACCUCAUGCUGGAGCGGCUGAAGAAAGCCAGGAGGAUCCAGGAACUGCAACACGAGGCUUCCGAGGCCUGGGAGGAGGUGAAGCGCUGCGACCAGAGGUUCCAGGUGAUGAUGGAGAAGGAGCGUCAGCUGCAGCUGUCCAAGAGCAAGGAGCAGUGGGAGCGUCAGAAAGAGGAGCGGCGGGCCCGCCUCAGCAAGGAACAGCAGGAGCGGCUGGAGACUUGGGAGAAGGAGAUGGCCUUGAGAGAGAGCAAAUGGAAACGACAGGUCCAGGAGCAGGAGAGCCAGCGCAGGGAGAAGUUGGAGAGGGCUCGGGUGCAAGCCGAGUACCGGAAGCACUGCCAGGAGCAGAUGCUGAAAGAAAAGGAGGUGCUUCAGAAGGACCUCCGGGAGCAGAACAUUCAGCAACUGCAGGAGAAGAUGGUGCAGGCCUGCUACAAGAGGCAGCUCAAGAACUCGGAAGGCAGGAAGAAACUUCAAGAGAGCAACCUCGAUUCCUCAGCCAGUCACCAGUUUCGGAAGGUCCUGCUAGACAGUCAGAACAAGGCUGAGGAAAUCCUGAAGAGACUGUCCCUGGAGCAAAGAUCCCAGAGGUCUCAGGAAAUCCACCAGCGCCUGAUUGAGGAGAAGCACAGAGAGCUGAAAGAAAAGGCCCAGAAAGAGGAAGAGCAUCUUUUGUUGGCUAAGUGGAGAGCUGAAGAGACAGAUGAGCAGAAAAAAUUGCAUAAGAAAAUGUUAGUGGAGCUGGGGGACUUGAAGAUCCAGCAGGCUAGAGAUAAUGUGCACAAAAAUAUCAAAGACAAGGCAGACAGGAUCAGGGAGUUUAACUUUCUUCGGGAGAAAAACCACUACUUUCUAAAGCAGAAAGCGGAGGAAGAGGCCAAGUGCCACGUUGAAGGAAUCAAAGAAGCUAUCAAGAGGAAAGAGCAGAAGAUGAACCAGAUCUCCAGACAGAAAGACGCUUCUAUUGAAGAAUCCCGGAAGAUUGCUCAGGCCUCGUGGCAGAUGAGGGAGAAAGUGAAAGCCCUUCAGAUUUCCUUUGACCAGAUGGCCUGGGAAGCUCAGUUUAGUGCAAAUCUGCAUCGGGGGAGUCACUGA